CGCCAUAUAGGUAGACCGCCGCUGGAGGCGCUAGCGGACAGCUUCGACUGCGUGCGGGAGUGCUGUGCCGAGUGUUGGGUGGAAGACCCGAGCUCGCGUCCCGACUUCAAGGCUAUAAGGGCCCGCUUGCGACCACUUAGGAAAGGAAUGAAACCAAAUAUAUUUGAUAAUAUGAUAGCAAUGAUGGAGAAAUACGCAAAUAAUUUGGAAGCUCUAGUCGAUGAGCGAACUGAUCAGUUACAAGAAGAGAAGAAAAAAACAGAGGCAUUACUAGAAGAGAUGUUGCCAGCGCCAGUUGCUGAACAACUUAAACGGGGAAGGAAAGUGUUGCCAGAGAGCUAUGACUCCGUCACUAUAUACUUUAGCGACAUCGUGGGGUUUACUGCCAUGUCUGCUGAAAGUACACCGCUACAGGUGGUCGAUUUUCUAAACGAUCUCUACACUUGCUUUGACUCUAUAUUAGAAAACUUCGACGUGUACAAAGUUGAAACAAUAGGCGAUGCAUAUAUGGUUGUGUCAGGGCUACCAAUACGUAAUGGAAUUUUACACGCGGGUGAGAUAGCCUCGAUGGCUCUGGCGCUGCUGGGCGCCACCAGGUCGUUCAGAGUUCGACACCGGCCGGACCAGAGACUGCUGCUGCGAGUUGGAAUACAUUCCGGUCCAGUUUGUGCUGGCGUAGUAGGAUUAAAAAUGCCGAGAUAUUGCCUGUUCGGUGACACGGUCAACACAGCUAGUCGUUUUGAAUCUACCGGUAUACCUCUCAAGAUUCACUGCAGUUCCACUUGCAAGGCGUUCUUGGAUCAACUAGGAGGCUAUAUUAUGGAGGAGCGUGGUAUUGUUUCAAUGAAAGGUAAAAGGGACCAGGUGACGUACUGGCUGAAGGGUGAAGAGCCGGCGGCAGCAGCGGCCCGGACGCGGCGGAGGGCGAUCCACAAGGAGGUGACACCCUUGUCUACUGAGAAAAAACAAAGAAGUUCACUAAAAAGCCGCAAUUGGAAGAACCAAGUUGGCAGUUUGCACAGAUGUUGCAGUUUAGAAUCUCCGAAGAAACUUCGGUUCGCAUCCGGCAACCACCUGGAGUCCCACACCGACAGCGUCUUACAUCACCGCAGCGAUGAAUAUCUGAUGGAGGUAAUAGGCGAAAACCGGGUGACACCAACUCCUAGGGUAGACCUGCUGGAAGCUCCUAGCCUUCGCCAAGAGUACACGAGCGUGUCGUGUCCCAUCAUAGAGCAAGUGGAGAGUGAGCCAUGCGACAUCCGCCUCGUUGUGAACGGCCUUCAUGACCCCGCGGGUGUUCCACUGUUAGCAGACGUUUAGAAGAUCCACGUGGAACUUGUAGACAAUUAUUUAACUAGCUGUUAGAAUAUAAGUGAAAAUUUAUAAAUACGCAUACUAAAUUGGAUAAACCACGAUUUUCUGCAUUAGGGGCCCAUAUUUAAUGUUAUAUUACCUAAGCUCAUUGAUUGGAAAAAUAACUCACUGUGAAACACCCACAACUCAAAUUUCGAGUCACGCCAAUCAAAUGAAGUAAAAUAUGCCUUAAAAUAUGGAUUUAAAUAUCAAUGAUCUAAAGUAAACACGAAUUCGAAACAGAAAACGUGAGAAACUGUAGUUAAUUGUAGCGCAAAUAAAUAGCAAUGGCAGACCACGACCCGAAACUCGCUAUGUGAUCUUAGUGAUUCAUGCUAUAAUUUUCUUGAUUCUCAUUAAUAAUGUCACAUAUAAUGUUCAUGAUGUAUAAAUUGUUUUUAAAGUAUAAUCCUUCACUAUUUACAAGCAUUUGCAUUCUUUGGAACCAUGGCGUAAAGUGCUGUCGUGAUGAAAGCUGUCAAAAACUGUGGAUUUACACACCCAUCUGAAAUGUGAGUUUCGCUCUCACAGUGAGCAGAUCGCGCUAUCAGCUGUUUUUUAUUCAAUGAGGGUUUAUGGACUUUGACGGUUCCGUACCUACCUAGGUGUAUUAUAAUAAUUCCUUGAUUUCAGGCUACAAGGCCCAUAAAAUAAAUACCUUAUAGUCUAACAUAUGAUAUAUAACUUAAAUCUACGUCACAUUUUCGCGGCGAUGUGAGGCGCGGGUUCGGUAGUUUCCGGCGGUCGGCGACGUCCGCGAUACUUGCGGAACACGACCACCUUCGGCCACUGCAGCACGUCCAGGAAGGUCGAUAUAUGAUCUGUCGGGACACGAACAACAAAAGAGUUGAAGUCUACUGCGUGACCCGUCACCAACUUUUCGACCCCCAACCGGAACCUUGACUUCUCCACCAAGUACUGAACAAUGUCGGAGGCCUUGGUGGUGUGUUGAAAGCGAGAGACGUACAUAUACGUCGCUGGGAUUACGGGACGCAGGAGCUGGUUCUGUCCUAUCGGUGCUGUGCCACAUUGGUGAUGACUAGGAGGUCUUCUCUUCUUCCGCUCCACCUUAAUGAAGGCAUCCUUGUCGGUCAGACCCUUCGACACAGUUCUACAAGCGGGUUCGUUGCGGGUGUGCCCGCUUCCAAUUUCUGUCUUCUGCACUGUCCGCUUUCUGGGUCGCUGGCGGAUGGCAGCAGCAUCGUCACGUUAAGGUGUUGACGUAACGACAGCAGGCGACACCUCCGAGAGGGGAGGAGGUGAGGGACGGGCAGCAAGUACAUUACCGCUUACACGUGCGGGCACAGCGGCCGGUGUCGAGUCGAAUUUCGCUGAUUCAAAACUCGCUGGCGAAGCAAUGCAAGCCCCACGUCGUGUGUUGAUGUUAUUGGCCUCUAUUGACCUACUUACAACAGUAUUGUUGCGCAAAAUCGCAACUUCAGCUUGCAGGUCCCUGAUGGUGUUCUGAGAUGCCUCUAAUUUCAACACUACUUCUGCCAGGCCUGCCUUGAGGUUUGUGAUGUCCUUCAGCAACCUGGUGACGUCGACAUGGACGAAGGUGACGGGCGGUAACUUGUUCAAGUUCCAUGCCACGAAAGACGGUACGUCGUCAGGAUCAGUCACCUUCAGGAAAUUUAUCAUGUCCUGAAGACUUCUCUCUCCCCUUUCAUCCAUCCUGCAGGACGGCAUCUGGUUGGUUUUCAUCAAAACCUCGUACAGGAGCGUCUUGGCGUUGAUGAUCUCCUCACUCUUGAAAUUUAUGCACAGAUCUGGAUGAUACUGAUCUCGUCCCUACUAUUAAUUGCGUGCUGAAGGAAUGCCAGCAAUUUAUUGGCUAUGAGUUUUUCAGAACUCAUAGUCAUAAUAGCGUGCAGCGGCGGUUGCCGCGCAGAUCGCAAAUAUAAAUUAUAUUCGUAGGUUCAGUGAGCAUGUACGUUUCCGAUCGCAAUAUAUUAUAAUCCAUUUAUCUGUAAGAAUUAUGUGUAUUUUUUACUGCUAAAUCUGGCCUCUCCUGCUUAACUCCAAUUAUCGCGAUAAUUUAAGAUAAUAAUACAUUUAUUAUGACCAGAUAACAAAAAAAAAGAAAAAAUGUGUUGAGUAUUUGACAGCUGUGGCCCAACUUAUUGAAACAUAAAAGAAAACUUUUGCAGUAAAAUAUUAGGUGUUUUAGGCUUAGAUAAUUUAUACGUCUUGAUAAACCUCUUGCUGCUAGACACCCGAUGGAAACAAGCCAGAUUUAUUACUCUUAGUGUGCGUGACAAGCUACGUCCUACACUCGCAACUUGUAUGUCACUUUGUAUUGUGCUUGCAUUGCUCAAAAUAAGAGGUUAAAAGUCAACCUCAAUUUUUUUUUUGACGUUUUAACAGCUGUCACAGUCUAUCUAGACGUAUAAAUGAUAUAAGUUUUUAGGUAUGUAAACUUACAUUAUCCCUUAAACAUAGUUAAGUAUUUAUUAUAUAUAGGAAAUAGGCAUGUCAGCUUUAGUUGCGAUGCAUAGAUUUUGUAAGAUUUCAGUUUAGCGUAAGUUUAUCUUCUAGUGAAAUCUCUUAUAUUAUUAGCAUUUAAUGGGUUACUUUAAGUCGCUAGUCACAAUUGACAUAAUCUUAUUUUCUUCCAAUGAUAUCUAAUGUUCAUUGAUGUAUAACUAUUACGUUUUCGUUGUCAAUGUCUCUAACAAAUAAUUAUUCAUCACUAUCUCGUCGAGGGAAAACUUUGGCGACUAGUUUAUAUACAGAUUAUUGAAAUAUUAUGUAACGAAUGAAGCUUAGAUUAAUGAUUGUUCUCCGCUGUGCUCCAACUAGAGAGCGCAGGCAGUCGUAAAGUGUGGCAACUAAUACUACGCCCGUAGGCGUAUUCGAGCCAGUCUCGUGUGGUCUCGGGGCGAACAAUGUGUGACCUUGACGGGUCACAAUGUCAUGUUCUGUCAAACUUUAAAUUAAUUUCAAUGUAAAAUAACACGAAGCGUAUGUUACAAAAUUCGGAAGAUGCAAUUGAGUGUCAAGAUGCACGCACACAAGCAUCUAAUAGUAGUCUAGCAAUAAAAAGCUAUUGUUCUUAGGUAGUGCGGUAUCUAGGUGUAGCGCAGCGGAGACCAAUCAUUAAUCUAAGGAAUCAAUCAAUAAAUUUCAAUAAUGACAAUAUGGCUAAACAGUUUGUUAAAAAUAUAUUUUCAUGUUCAGAUACAUAAUCACCUGGAAUGUAUAAUAAAGAAAUGUCAAAUUGA